AUGCUUGAAAACUUCUCUUCCUUUCUUCCUCGCCCUUUGCUCCCCUUCCCUUCCUUCCUCCUCCUCACCCCUUCCUCCCGUUCUCUUCCUUCCUCCUCCUUACCCUUUGCUCCCCUUCCCUUCCUCCCUCCUCCUCACCCCUUCCUCCCGUUCUCUUCCUUCCUCCUCCUUACCCUUUGCUCCCCUUCCCUUCCUUCCUCCUCCUCACCCCUUCCUCCCGUUCUCUUCCUUCCUCCUCCUCCCCACCCUUUCGUACUCCAUCCCUGCAUCUCCCCAGGCCCUUAUCCUCAUCCAGUGUUCCGGGCCCUUGUGCUCAUCCAAUGCUCCGGAUUCAUCUCUGCCCUUAUGCUCAUCCAGUGCUCCGGGUUCAUCUUUGUGCGAUCACAGCCCGACAUCUUCCGCUCCUUUGGCUUUAAGGAGGAGCCAGUCAUCAUCGCCAUCCUCUUGUUCCAGAACCUGCCCACGCCCGUCCCUCACCUGCUUGGCUGCCAGCUUAGCAGCCUCACCAGCACCAUCGCCACUUUCUUGCUGCCUUCUCUCUCACUCUAA